UUUUGUGGUUCCUGAAAGUUACAGGCUCUAAUAGUCUUAGUGUUUGGAUAUAUGGCAGAAAUGGGUUUCAGAAGCUGGAGAAGAUUCAGGACUCGAAUAGGCAGAGUCGGCAGCUGGAAGAGCUCACUGACAAGAUGCGAGACUGUAAGAGGCUUAUCAAAGAAUUUGAUAGAGAAGUCAAGAAUAUGGAGAGAAUAAAUGACCCAAAUACCAGUAGAAUGCUGAAUGAGAAAAAGCAGUCAAUGAUCAAAGAGUUGAAUUCAUAUGUGGCUCUGAAAAAACAAUAUGCAUCAAACCUUGAAAACAAGAAAAUUGAUCUCUUUGAUAUGCCGGCAGAGGACUUUGGGGAACAAAAUGUCUUGCUAGCCUCGGGUAAGCAAAUAUCUACGUUUUUGUUAACAUGCAAUCUGGCCUUGUAUACUUUUGCACUAAUGGGCUACAAUUCACUAUCAACAUAUUACCCAUCCGCUGAUAUUCUAUGGUUUUACAUAUAGCGCUCACACACAUGCUCGUGCACAUGCACACAUACCCGCACUCACUCAUACUGACAGACUUGCACUCGUACAAAUAUAUAGUGGAUGCCAUAACAUCCUGCAUGGUUGAUGUGGGGAGAAGAAAAUAGACACUUGAGAGGCACCGAUUGAAAUGCAAUGUUUACUUACAUAACAUCCUGCAUGAUUGACCGCACGAUAUACUAUAAACAACUAAAAUAUAAGGAUCCUAGGAUCCUCACAAAGAAAAUCCGGAGAAAAUCCUCAUCCUCUAAUCUUAAUGCUAAUGCAAAUUCAAAUCUUUUGCACCCAAAGCUCUUUGUGACUUUUUUGUGGUCUAUGUCGGGAUUUGGCACUUGUCAACUGCUAACUCUACACUUAAACGCUCUUUUAACUCACUUAAAACCACACAAGGAAAAGAAAAAAUAAAACCAACCCAUGGGACACUGUCAAGCACGGGCAGUGGUCAUGUCAAUAAUUUCAUGUUUGACAUAUUUCCCUACGUUUGGUUUUGAAGAAAUGCAUAUACACCAACCAACCUACAUUUUGACAUCUUCCCAUCAUCAACCCAAAAAAUAAGUAAAGAAACCCAUGUCCAUAUUCCAUAUGCAAAAUAUUGCAUUAAGGGAGUGAAUCCACACUUUUUGUGAGCAUGGAGGGUCAGAUAAGAAUGUAAGGGCCUGUUUGGUGGGCCAGUUGGAAUAUAUGUUGUGACCAAUUAAAAUGGAUUUGAGUUUACUCUGUUGUUUGUUGUGUCAAACUGUAAGAUGAACUAGAUUAUACAUGAUGAGAUAUGAAUCUAUAAUAGAGUGGGCUAUCUAACUUAUAAUAUUGCAUAGGUUACAAGUCUUGUUUUACAAAGCCUAACCUAUAAUUGAUGCCCAUUCCUGUCUAGCCCACCAAAAGAGCCCAAGAGUAUAAAAAGAAAGUCCUUUUGUGAUUCCCUAAUAUAAGUGGGAUAUAUAUAUUGUAUUUUUCAUGUAAGUUUAUGAAUAUAUAGAUAAAUUUGUGAAAUUUUAUCAUGUCAGUUGCAUUGUGAGGAUAUGUUCAUGACACUUUGUAAUUGCAUGCCUAAUUAACCCUAAUUAGCCCAAUAAAAAAGGUCUUUUGCAAGAUAUCAUUCGAGUUGCAUUGCGAGGAUAAGUUCAUGACAAGAAAAUGGCAUUGUAAUUGCAUGACUUUCAAGUUUAAAAGGGUCUGUUCGGUCCCAACUCAAUCUCCACCCCUCCAAAACCAAAUUGAAUUCCAUGGCUGUCUAUCGAUACCGAACGUUUUUCCCCUCUUCACUGAAGGCACUCCGAGAUGUAAUCAAAACAAAAAAUGAUUUCAUUCCCCUGGAGAGAGAGGUGAGAAGCCUCGAAAAUAAUAACCAAAAUGUUGACUAUGAAAAGCUCGAAGACUUCCACGCGAAGGAGGCAGCUUUUCUAAGAGACUUAGAGGAGCUUCAGAGCCACAGGAGGGUUGUUGUUGAAGAUCUCCAAGAUGCAGAGGCCCUCUGCGACCUUGCCUCUUCUGAGAAGCAUGGUUGGAAAGUGGAGAUUUUAAUAAAUGAUGACAAUUCUGGUAACUUCAAAAGGGAAGUACAUGAUGCGGGCCAGAGGGUGGGGAUAGAGGUCACUCCAGAAAAGAACAAAGUGCUCAAGCAGCAUUAGGUCACUCCAGAGAAGAGAAGGAAGAAUUGCUGAAGGAAAGGAAGAAGUCCUGAAGCAAGGAGCAUUAAGUAAGAGUGCUAUUUUAAAUAUUUUAAUUUAGGCGAACGUGGAGCACGUAAAAACGUUUAUGUUAUUUGCUUUCAUAUAUAUAUGAAUUAAUAUAAAAUAGAGUGGUUUAAUGAAUGGGUUUCGCAAAACAUUGUUCAAACUAAAAGUAGUUUAACAAGCGUGGAACCAUGGCAGCAUGAGCUGCGUGACAAUUCUAAACCAAAGAAAUUAGGAAUGGCACACUGCUCAGCUCCAAUAAAUUGAACAAACAAUCUUAAUUACGUAUUGAGCUAAAGAUAUUUAUCAACUAGGGUGAGGUGAGGGAUCAAAAAUUAUCACACUCUUUUAACAUUAUUUAUAAAUUAAAUGGUUUUGUAAAACGAAACAGAAAAUUACUAACAAAAAAAUAAGAAAACUAUUCUUCUGAACCAAACAAUCAUUUACUUUUUCUAAAAUAAAAAAUUCUUAUUUAGAAGGAUCAAUAAGGCUUUGUUGUUGUAGUUUUUGUUAAAAAGUGAAAGACGGUUGCAGUCCUAAUUCUAUUAAAACUGUGAUUUUUAUAAAUCCUAAUAGAUUAUUAAUCGUAUUACUUGGAAAACAAGGAUAAAUAAUCAUGAGAAUUAUAUGACACGCACAACUCCCGGACCAAUGUAUAUCCUCAUAUCUUCUUCUCCAACAAAUAAAGAUCCUCAAUUCCUACUCCAACCGCCACCCAACAGAGACGGACAUAAUUUGAAUUUGAGAUUUAGAGAUGAAGAAUCUGGCCAGAGUUCUGAAAUUAGCAACACCUGGCAGCAUUGUUUCUUUUCCUGCACUGACAAGGGUGGUUGGUGUCGCUCCUCCUCCGCAAUUCCACCUCGCAACAAGAUUCAUAGCGUCCAAGGUGGCCGACGCCCCCGCUAAGCCUCAGAUUAUGGCUUCCUCCUACUCCUCCUCCUCCUCCUCCUACAGCGACCCAUGCCUCGAUAUCUUUUUCAAGGUGCGACCACCACCAGCAUCUGCCGCCCGUACUUCCCACACUGACACUGCCCUCAUCAACUCUCUCGAGCAACGGUUCCCACUCGCCUGGUCCCACAACCCCCUCACCACCCUCAAGCUUAUCUCCAACCUCUCCACAAAUCACGUCUAUCCGGAAGCCUCGUCCGCGGCCACGUCUUGGCUCCACCGCAACCACCCCAGAACUCUGGCGCAUAACCUUGACUCUUUCGGGGGAUUGUACGCCAUUGUCGAGAUUCUCUACAGCCUUCUCCUUCCGCAGGACCAGCAGGAGACGGAGGUGGAUGAGAUGGAGGAGAAACACCGCCAGAGAUACGACCGCGAUCCGCAUUACAAGUCCUUGCACGACCGCGCUAUGGAUAUUUUUGUGGAGCGGCUCAAGUCCGAUGUUCAAAAGAUGCAGCAGAACAAGCUGGAACUCAAGCCUUCUGAUUAUUUAACUGAUGACGACGAUCAUGACGAGGAUGAUUCUCGGGAACAUGAUUCUGUUAUACGUCCUAUUGAUGCUGAUGCUUUCGCUGAUCUCUACGUCUCCGAGGCCGCAGACUGUUUCCUCACCACAUUCCCCUCCGACGCCCAUGCCAUCCGCGCCAUUGCGCUUCGCGAAAGCACUGCCAGGCGGCUCUUCCCUUUGGUGUCACAAUCGCAACAACCAGAUCAAUCAUCAAAGGAGGAUGAACAGUGGGAGCGGCUGAGGAAGGAGUUCUUGGCGCCCUUGCAGAAGUACUACAAGCGUCAGGGCAGGUUCAACCCGAGACGGUGGGGUGUGGAUAUUAAAUAUUUGGAGCAGGUGAAAGCCUCAGCAUCAACAGCAAGCAAAGGCAAUUUAAGCUGCGUCAUAGAGCCCGAUGCUUUGCUUCCACAUUUUAUCAUACGAUAUUUGAAAGAUGCGAAUGUUGGGGAGGCGGCUGAGCUUCAGUGGAAUGCAUUGCUGCGCAAGCACAAGGAGGGUGGCAAAUUCAGAAACUGCUUCGCUGUAUGUAACAUGAACAGAAUUACGGGCGGGGCUAGGGAAUUGACGGCGAGUUUGGGACUUUUUGUGAGUGAACUGAAUGAAGAGCCGGCCUGGAAAGGAAAGCUGAUCAGUUCCGCUCCUCUUCCGGCUGCUGCCGGGGAUGACCACGCUCUGUUAUUUCGUCUUCCUCAUCUGUAUUCAGUACCCUGCAGCGAUGGCCUAAGGUCCAAAUUAUCUUUUUUGAUGGGAAUGGACGGCCGCCUGGUAGUUCAUUUGCAAAAGGUGUUUGAUUUGAUUCUCCAAGUGAGUGUCAAUGAGAAUUUGAAGCCAGAUCAGAUGAUCCAGAAGCUCUUUAUCUUCAACUACAACAUGGGCUCUGAUUUUUUUGAUGGCGCGGCCUGGGAGACUCAGUACGAGGCCAUAAGGACCAUGUUUAAGGACAAAGGGUAUGGGGAUGAUGCGGUGCCUCACAUUCUGUUUUGGGAUAUUUGGUGCUGGGAAUUGCCUUCAAUCGCUUUGCCUCGUCCAGGGGUGACGCUAUUGCGUGGCUGGUCUAAUAAUUUGGUCAGGUCCUUCUUGGAGAAUGGUGGGGAGAUUGGCCCGCACCAUGUCAUGGAAGCAGCCUUCUCGGACAAACAUUUUCAAGCUCUUGCUGUUGUGGACUGAUUUGCUCACUUGCUCAUCGUGGACUCCGUUGGCAACUUGGCAUUGUCAUUGGGUUGAUGCUCUAUGUUCCGUUCGCAUUCAUCAUCUCUUACUUGACAUAAUUUCCUGAUCUCUCCCUCUUAGUUGUUUCUUUGCUUGCUAGCUACCAGCAUUUUCUGCUCCGAACUUGAAAACUAUUUGGUAUUAUGUAUCUGGGUAUCCCCUAAAUUAUAAUAUAUGGAUGAUUGAGUAUUAUGGAUUCA